UAUCAAAACCACCACACCACACCAUCGUCAUAGUUUGUACAUUAUUAGUAGUUAAUCUGCCUCCUAGCUAUUUCUCCCAACAAAAAUGAGGAGAUCAUCAGCAACCAACUUGGGCGCCGUCGUCGUCCUAGUUGUAUUCGUCAUUACUCUUGCCACGCUAGCUCCACCAGCAACUGCUCGUCGUCUUCGCCGCGAGAAUGCAGGUACUACUACUUCCGUUGCUAGAUGGAAGAAUACACUAAUGAGACCCGAAGGAAGGCGGAGCCUUGGUGAUUCCACGGCCGGUGUCGACGAUGGCAGCACUGCUGGCGAUAACAUGGACGGUACUACCGGCUCCAAUAGCGCCAUCGUUGGUUCCAGGGCGGUUGGGGUGGCCGUUCAUAGCGACGACAAGUUUGUUGGUGACAAACGUAUUGCGGACUGCUGCUAUAAAUGCUGUGGUUGAUAAUGACGCACCUGAUCGAUAUUAGAAUAUAUAUAUGUUUUUAGACUAAAAAAAAAAGAAUAUGUAUGUAUGUAGAUACUGUAAUGAUUAACUGCAAAUAUGGGUGUUAUUAUGUAAGAACUAACGAUGAGUACACUAUAUUAUACGUUUUUUUAUAUGAGGGACCCGUCUUGGGACGGCAAACCCGACUCUCAUAGAUAUUCGCGACAAACCCUGAGAGCAUUUAAUGCAAGCUUACAGUCUUAUCGGUGGCAUAUAUAUACGUUUGCAAAGAACUAAUUCAUCCUAACAACGUUCGAUAGAGAGCUGAGUCUUUCCUUGUUGCCGUCGGAAUCAAUUUCGGGUAGGGGUGUGCAAUGGUCCGGUACGUACGGGGACUGCACCAGAUCAAACCGAUAUUUGGACCGGACCACAUAAAACCGAGUAUAAUACGGCCCGGCCCAUGGUUCUCUGAAUUUUAUAAUUACUGAAGAAAAAAUGGAAUGAAUUGAUUUUUGAACC